AUGGACUGCACGUGUGUGUCGGACCUGCUCCUGAGCACCCCCGUGCCGGCGUUGUGGACCCCAGGGUUCGCGUUCCCCGAGUGGGCGUACAAGGCGGAGUCGAGCCCCGGCUCGCGGCAGAUCCAGCUGUGGCACUUCAUCCUGGAGCUGCUGCGGCAGGAGCAGUACCGGGAGGUCAUCGCCUGGCAGGGCGACUACGGCGAGUUCGUCAUCAAGGACCCCGACGAGGUGGCCCGGCUGUGGGGGGUGCGCAAGUGCAAACCCCACAUGAACUACGACAAGCUCAGCCGCGCCCUCAGGUAUUACUACAACAAGCGGAUCCUGCACAAGACCAAGGGCAAACGCUUCACCUACAAGUUCAACUUCAGCAAGGUGGUGCUGGUGAAUUACCCCCUCCUGGAGCUGGGGGGGGCCCUGCUGCUGCUGACCCCCGGCCCCUGCCCGGGGCCUGGCCCCGACUAUCCCCCUGUUCCCCCUCCCCGUCCCCCCCAGACGCUGCAGUCGCUGUUCUGCGGCCCCCGCCCCACGGACCCCCGGGAGACCCCGCCCUUGUUCGAGAGACCCCCCGAGGCCGAGAAGCUGCGGCUCGAGGCGGCCCUGCCCUUCCUGGGCUCCGGUCUCUCGGGGUACUCGAAGGCUCCGGCGCUUUUGGGGGGCUUCGGGCGCCCCCUGCCCGGAAUACCCUGGGGUGGGGGUCGUACGUGCCGGGGGCUCUGCUGCUGCUGCCGCCCCCACGCCAAGCUGGGACCCCCGGCCGCCGCCGCCCUCUACCCCCUUUCUACCUGCCCCCCUCCUCCGCGCCCCCUGCCCCGCAGCCCCCGGGUGGGGGUGGUCGAGGGGGUCGGACUCGGGCUGGAGGUGACGGACGGCGGCGGGGGGCGAGCUCGAGCGACGAGGCCGCGACCCCCCGCCCCCUCCCGCCGCAGCCCCCGCCCGCGGGAAGGGCCCCGCCCGCACCUGAGAGACCCCCGGGAGGGGGGUGCAGUGGAGAGACCCCGGAGUGGGGGCGAGGGGUCUCUUGUGCAGCUCAGGCCCCCAAAUAAAAUAAAAUGGGGGAGUUCCCACAUCCACCCUGGCCCCCCCCCCAAUAAUCCGAGGGGGCCACAUUGGACGGAGCCAGAAACCCACCCCCCAAAAAACGCGGGGGAGUCCCACGUCCAGUUCUGA